AUGCGCAGCGCCGCGCUCUUGACGUCUGCGGCGGCGCUCGUCGCGCGGCCGACGCCACGGCACCCCCCCCUGAAACGCGGCAGCACAGCGGAGAACACGGACUACGCCGCCACGCUCUCCCAACACACGGCGCUCGCGCCGUUCGCGGCGCACGUCGAACGCGAGCUCGUCUAGCGGUUCGGGGCGCGAGAAACGGAGCGCGUGCGCCAGAGCUGGCGGCUCGCCGACGCGGGCUACGUGCACUUCGACCAGAUUGUGCCCGGCCACGAGUACAUGAAGCAGGAGGCCCGGAGCUACGUGCCCGGGCUGAACCCGGUCGCGUUCUGGGACACGUCGAGCAUGGCGUGGGCGCGGACGCUCGAAGAGAGCUGGGAGGUCGUGCGGGACGAGUUCGAGAGAGUGGCGCUGCAGGACGCGAAGCGGACGAAGCGGGUGGGCAACAACGUGUGGGCCGGCGCCGCGGACUCGGACAGCGCGCAGAAGUACGGCCAGGACUGGAAGACGCUCGUGCUGAUGGACCGGACGACGUGGGACCCGGUCAACUCGAAGCUGUUUCCCCGGACGGCCAAACUUUUGGCCGACGCGGAGGCCCCGAUCGUCGAGGCGUUCUUCGCCGCGAUGACGCCGCGGUCCCGCAUCAACCCGCACACCGACAGCUGCAAUUUCAUCCUGACGUCGCACCUCGGGCUGCGGAUACCGGAGGGUUGCAGCCUGACGGUGGGCGACGAGACGCGGACGUGGACGGAGGGCGGCGUGAUGCUCUUCGACACGUCCCUGUACCACGACGCCGCGAACGACUCGGACGACACGCGCUACAUUCUAAUGCUGCGGACGUGGCACCCCGAACUCUCGGACGUCGAGCGGAAGGCCCUCCAGUUCCUGUUCGACGUGUUGGACGUGCCCGAUUUGAUCUCGAGCGACCCGGUCGCGCAGUUCCGGGCCGAGCACGAGCUCGCGGGCCUGCGCACGCGGCCGGAGGUGCGGGCGCGCGCCGCGCCGCCGGACGCGCUGGAGCCCAGGCCGAAGCAGCAGGGGAACAAGAAGAAGAAGAAGAAGGCCCGGGCGCGUGCGGGUGGCUUCGGCGUGUCCACGUGA